GACAGUGUACACACGUUAAAAGAUAUAUUUAGUCGCAUUGGUUUUUAGUAGUUGACGCGACGCUCUCGCCAAGCCUGAUUCAAGAUUUUAAGAGAUUAUUUUUCAGCCUUCUGUUGUUAAAAAAGUGACAGUGGGAUGUAUCGGAAUGUAUAGGACUUCAACAACAAGAGAGGGGAUACUAGAGAGCAGCUACGUGUUGAUAAUAGUAUUAUAAAUGCCUUUACCUGCCUCGUUUUUUCAGCACAGCCAAGCUAACAAAAUGAAACCUCAUGACAUCUUGAAAGAGAAAAGCAGCUUGUGGAUUUUUGGGUAUGGCUCUUUGGUGUGGAAACCUGACUUUGCCUACAAGAAGAGCAAAAUCGGAUACAUCAACGGAUACAAAAGACGCUUCUGGCAUGGAGACGAUUUUUACCGAGGGGACAAGGAAAAGCCAGGCAGAGUGGUCACACUAGUGGAGGAUCAGGAGGCUUGCACAUGGGGCGUGGCCUAUGAAGUGACUGACUUCCAAAUAGAAGAGUCUCUUCAGUACCUGAACAUGAGGGAGGUGGUCCUGGGAGGUUACAUAACCGAGAUGGUUGAAUUCAUCCCCAAGGAGAAGUCUCACGCUCCUCUUUUGGCCCUCGUCUACAUCGCUACCUCUGACAACCCCAUCUACCUUGGCCCAGCUUCGGACAUGGAGAUCGCUGCGCAGAUCGCCAUCAGCAGGGGAAACACGGGCCAUAACAUUGAAUACCUGAUCCGCCUGGCGGAGUUCAUGAGGCUCUACUGUCCUGAGGUGGAGGAUGAGCAUCUGUUCUCGAUUGAGGCAGCUGUUUUGAACAUUUUCAGUGACUGUGGGGGGAUCAAACCCUCUGAACAAAUAACACUACUGCUAGGGGCAGUAUGAAACACAACCAUAUUGCAAAAUUAUCCUGUUUUGUUUGGGGGAAGGGUAGUCCUGUAAUAAUUGUUUAAAGGUAUUUGGUGCUUUUAAGAGGAAAACCUGAAGGGAAAAAAAUCAAUGUGGUAAAAUGUUGAAUGGUACUAUUUUUAGGUCUCUACAUAUCUUUGACCUUUAAACAUGCUUUUCUUUGAACUACACACACUCUACUGAAGCAGGUGAUGCUUUAAAAAACACAUUCAAAUAUACUUUCUCCUCUUUAAUGCAUGAUGUCUUACUCCUUUGUUGUAAAAGGAUCUUGGAAGCACUUGUUUACUUUUUUAAAAAAUAUGUCUUUUAAUUAAAACACUAAAUCUGAA